GGCUGAGAAAGGAGGAGGAGACUGGAAGUGGAAAACCGACAUUGGUCCUCCUCUCAUCUUCACUUUCCACCGUCCAAGCGGCUUUUAACCGACCGCAGUCAGUCAGACACUCCGCGUGUCAUUUACACCCGGCCCGCUCCCGUCGGAAUAAUAUUUAACCUCCGGUUAACUGCGAGCUCCUCUAAGCGGCGACAUGGCUGGCUAGCACGGCGAGGCUCCAGCUCGUCUCCCGGACCUCGGACAAGAAUGGCAACUUAACUCUGAUAACGACGACCCACAUCCCACCCGACGAGCCCCGUCUCUAAAGAAUACCCGCUUACGCAACUGUUUCGGACAGGCCCUGGAGCAUGACGGUGGUUAAUGUCACUGUAGUUCCAAACAUGGUGCAGAAAUACCAGUCGCCUGUGCGGGUGUACAAGUACCCCUUUGAGCUGGUGAUGUCGGCCUAUGAGCGCCGGUUCCCUACGUGUCACCUCAUCCCCAUGUUCGUGGCGAGUGACGUGGUCGAUGAGGAGACGAGUGAGGACCAAUCCACUCAACGGGUUGAGCGACGCUGUGCACUAGACGUCGACGCUCCACGCCUUCUCAAACGGAUUGCUGGUGUGGACUAUGUGUACUUUAUCCAGAAAAACACACUUAACCGAAAGGAGCGGACACUACACAUAGAAUCACAUAACGAGACCUUCUCCAAUAGGGUCAUCAUCCAUGAGAUCUGCUGCUAUUCGGUCCACCCUGAGAAUGAAGACUGGACAUGCUUUGAGCAGUCAGCCAGUCUGGACAUCAAGUCCUUCUUCGGCUUCGAGAGCACCGUGGAAAAGAUUGCCAUGAAGCAGUACGCAAGCAGCAUCAAAAAGGGAAAAGAAAUCAUCGAGUACUAUCUGAAAGAGCUAGAGGACGAGGGGAUUACUCACGUCCCCCGAUGGAAUCCCACCUCACUUCCCGUGCCACCCAUCAGACCAACCAGUCUCCCUGCUAACCUGUCUGUUGACUCUAAACUCCCCGUAACACCGGCGGCUGCCAUCCCGCUGCCUGUUGAUGCCACGGACAGUGCCUCCCAGACUGCCAAGCAGGACAGUGUUGCCCUGCAGGCAGACAGUUUAACUGAGAUUCUGGCCGGUACACCGGAAGACAAACUAGAUGCGGACUAUAUCAAACGGUACCUUGGUGAUCUGACGCCCCUGCAAGAGAGCUGUCUCAUCAGACUUCGAAAAUGGCUACAAGAAACUCACAAGGGAAAGAUUCCCAAAGAUGAACAUAUCCUGCGAUUCUUGCGGGCUAGAGAUUUCAACAUUGACAAGGCCCGGGAAAUUCUGUGCCAGUCGCUGACCUGGAGGAAGCAGCAUCAAGUGGACUAUCUUCUUGAGACCUGGAGUUCACCACAGGUCCUACAGGACUUUUACACUGGGGGCUGGCACCACCAUGAUAGAGAUGGUCGUCCUUUGUACAUCCUGAGACUUGGCCAGAUGGACACCAAAGGACUGGUCCGAGCUCUUGGAGAAGAAUCCCUACUCCGACAUGUGCUAUCUAUCAAUGAGGAAGGUCUGAGACGCUGUGAAGAGAACACAAAGGUGUUUGGUCGACCCAUAAGCUGUUGGACAUGUCUUGUGGAUCUGGAGGGUUUAAAUAUGCGUCACCUGUGGCGACCAGGAGUCAAGGCGCUGUUGAGGAUUAUCGAGGUUGUGGAAGCCAACUAUCCAGAGACGCUGGGACGGCUGCUUAUUUUGAGAGCUCCCAGAGUCUUCCCGGUUCUCUGGACUUUGGUCAGUCCAUUUAUUGAUGAAAACACCCGCAAAAAGUUCCUUAUCUAUGCUGGAAACGACUACCAGGGCCCCGGUGGACUGGUAGACUACAUAGACAAAGAGAUUAUCCCUGACUUCCUGGGAGGCGAGUGCAUGUGUGAAGUACCCGAAGGUGGCUUGGUCCCCAAAUCUAUGUACCGCACUGCAGAAGAACUCGAAAACGAAGAGGUUCGUCUCUGGACUGAAACGAUCUACCAAAGUGCCAGCAUCUUCAAAGGAGCUCCGCAUGAGCUUUUGAUUCAGAUUAUUGACGCCUCCUCUGUCGUCACCUGGGACUUCGACGUCUGCAAAGGCGAUGUCGUCUUCAACAUCUACCACUCCAAGCGGGCGCCUCAGCCACCCCGCAAGGACCCACUGGGAACUCAUGGCAUCACCUCCCCCGGCGGCAACAAUGUGCAGCUUAUUGACAAGUCCUGGACGCUGGGGCAAGAUUACAGCAGGGUGGAGUCUCCUCUAACCUGCAAGGAAGGAGAAAGUGUGCAGGGCUCCCAUAUUACACGUUGGCCAGGGUUCUACAUCCUCCAGUGGAAGUUCCACAACAUGCCUGCGUGCUCGGCCACCAAUCUGCCUCGGGUGGAUGACGUUCUGGCAACCCUGCAGGUCUCUUCGCAUAAGUGUAAAGUCAUGUACUACACUGAGGUGUUGGGCUCAGAGGACUUCAGAACUGCUUGCUGUGACGUGCAGAGUUUGGGUUCCAUGACCAGCCUGGAGUCCAGCCACAGCGGCUUCUCCCAGCUCAGCGCCGCCACCACGUCAUCCAACCAAUCCCAGGCCAGCUCCAUGAUCUCCAGGUAGACGUGGAAAGCACUGUCCCGCACCGUGGCAAACUCCAACCCUCACCCCCUGCACACCCUUUUUUAAACUUUGCACCAUGGACAACAGAAAAAGGCAAAAAGAAAGUGAACACUCUUUAAAGGGCUGAUUUUUUUUUUUUUUUCGUACAAAGGUCGUACCAUUUCAAUUGCGAUUGAGUUUGAUCGGCCCCUCUUCAAGGGUGUAAAGUCUCCCGGAGGCUUAAAAGAAGCAAUAUUAUCCCGGAAAGUGUAAGGUCCCGAUGGGCGGACACACUGGAGGCGCUGUUACAUACGUUAAAUGCAUUUAUUUUGACAUUCCUCAAUACUGCAAGGCAAUAACCAGAUGGCGGAGACGUCACUGUAGCAGUUUGGAUGGUCUGUUACACAAAAAAAUGCCUCAAUAUUUAAUGUGUUACCAAGCCCAUGGAUAUAAUGUGAAUGCACCUCGAUGGACGUACUACAUUCAAAAAUAAUGGACUUGGUUAGAUAUUGGCUGGGAAAAAAAUAAAAAAAUACCGCGCCACCUUUGAUGCCUGGUUAGCUGCCUGGCAUCUACGUGAGGGUCUUACCCCCCACCAUCCCAUUGAGGGCGCUGCAGACCCCGUAACAUAAACCGCAUACUUGACCAGGGUUCCGCUAUUGACGAGCAAUAACAUGACUUUCUACAGUGUGAAAUAUUUGUAUUCAUCAUGAGCCUUUUACACCUGCUGUUGCCAUGGCAACCGCUCCGCAACAGUCAAUGCCGCUGAUUUUUUUUUGGGGGGGGGGGACUGAAGAGAAUUCAAACCACAAUGUGAGAAAAUAAGCGAACACUCCCGAGACCAGCGUAUGUCAUGAUGAAUUGUAUUUAGACAAAAAAGUUGAACAGCUAACACUAGUAGUAAAGAUAUAUGUAAUAUUUUCUAAUCCGCAUAACUUCCUCACAAACUUUGUACAUGCACACAAAAAAUAUUUAUUCUGGACAUUUCUUAUCUUCUAAAACAGGGGUAGGGAACCUAUGGCUCUAGAGCCAGAUGUGGCUCUUUUGAUGACUGCAUCUGGCUCUCAGAUAAAUUGCUUAACACGAUAAGUAAUGAAUAAUUCCACUUGUAAUCACAAUGUUAAAAAUAACGUUCAAAAUAUAAAACAUUCUCAUGCUUUUUUAUGUUCAAAAAGUUGCAUUAUGGUAAGAAGUAAUUUAUUUAUUAUUGGUUAGUGUGGCGCUUGCCCUCCUAGGGGUUCUUCAGACCACCAAGAGCCUGUUUUAGGGUUACAAUAUUGUUUUCUUUUCUUUUUCUCUCAGUUGGUUUCCAGCAAUUGUCUUUUUCUCUUUCAUCCUCACUCGCGCUCUGGCUCCAGCCCCAACCCUGUCUCUCCUCCUGGCUGCUGCCUAUAACAAAGUGACAGGUGAUUAGAUAAUAAAACCCAGGUGGGCCAUCUACGCACCUGUCGCUGAUAUCGAGGCUGGUCCUGGCAACAUCCUGCUUUGCUGCAGGCCUGCAGGCCACGCCCCUUCCACAGUUAGCUUCAGAAUAACAAUAUUAUUACAAAGAAUAAGAGACCUACUAUACUCCGGAAAUGUUGGUCUUACUUAGAAAUGCACACGCUUAGUUGUGUUCAGUGUUAAAAAAAAUAUUAUAUGGCUCUUAGGAAAAUACAUUUUAAAAUAUUUGGCUUCUUGGCUCUCUCAGCCAAAAAGGUUACCGACCCCUGUUCUAAGAGGUUAAGACAAAUUAUCAGCGUGUCCAGGAAGAAACUGUCCAAGCACACAGAAAUAUUUAUUUUGGACGCGCAUACUUGCCAACCCUCCCAAUUUUCCCGGGAGUUCUCCCGAAUACCAGUGCCCCUCCCGAAAAUAUCCCAGGGCAACCAUUCUGCGGACUUUCUCCCGAUUUCCACCUGAACAACAAUAUUGGGGGCCUGCCUUUGAAGCAGGGGUCUCAGACGUUAUUUUGCGGCCUUCACCUUAUAAUGAAAGAUUCCAGAAAACACAGAGUGAGAUGUUCUACCUCUUGUGCGAAACACAAAUGCAUAAAAUGACUUAACACAUGAAAUGACGAGUAAAACAUUUACAAACACAACAACCAACUUCUAAAACAUUCAAACCGACUCCAAAACACAUAAAAUGACUCCGAAGAGAUGCACAGUGAAAUCUAAAACGUAAAUUACUCCUAGAACACAUAACAAGACUCCUAAAACACGUAAAAAACUCAUAAAACACGGAAAAAUACUCCUAAAAACAUGUAAAAAGACUCCUAAAAAAAUUUUAAAAACAGAUCCUAAAACACGUAAAAAAAACCUCAUAAAACACAUAAAUAUAGUCCUAAAAACAUGUAAAAAGACUCCUAAAACAAAUUUGCUGUUUGCAUCCUUUGUGAGCACAUACACUUGGUGGCCUUGUAGGUGAACAGUGAACGUGAAUGGAAGACCUGAAGGAUAAAAUAAUUUACGGGUGCGCAUCAUCAGUAGUGUUCCUCUGGGUCACCGGGUGUUUCGGCCUUUAGCACUACAGAGGCGGCCAGCUACAGGAUGAUCAGACCUGAGCUUGCGACCCAAGUCCAAUUAGCCAUGAUAGUCACCUUGUUGGCAGACAUAUCAGGGGACUAUGCAUGGCAGGGGCGUCCGGUUCCCUGAGUCCGAUUUUGUUCUGCCUGACCGCAUACCUCCUGAUGCACUAGUUGGGGGCCCAAUUGGGGUCAUUCCUCUUCAGCCAGAGCCACCGGCUACUGGGGCGGUAUAGCUCGGUUGGUAGAGCGGCCGUGCCAGCAACUUGAGGGUUGCAGGUUCGAUCCCCGUUUCCGCAUUCCUAGUCAAUGCCGUUGUGUCCUUGGGCAAGACACUUUACCCACCUGCUCCCAGUGCCACCCACACUGGUUUAAUUGUAACUUAGAUAUUGGGUUUCACUAUGUAAAGUGCUUUGAGUCACUUGAGGAAAAAGUGCUAUAUAAAUAUAAUUCACUUCACUUCACUUCACAAAGCCUCUGCACCCAACCUCCACAGGGCGGACUUCAGUAUUCCAGCCACAAUUUUUAGCUUCCGCGGCCAGCUCGGAAUACCGCAAAUGUUUCCUCUCAUAUGCCUCCUACAUGGAUUCCUCCCAGGGUACAGUGAGCUCAACAAUGAAGGCCUUUUUGUGGGAAGGGGACCAGAGCACUAGGUCAGGCCUCAAAGUGGUAGUGGCGAUCUCGGUGGGGAAAAUCAGCUGUUUGCCAACAUCUGCCAGCAUCUUCCAGUCGCGUGCUGGACUCAGCUGAUUUCUCUCUGACGGGUUAACGUUGUGCAAGUAUUACAUUUUCAUAUUAGUGCGGCCUGAGAGUUUUAUAUGAAUGGCGCUUGACAGCGUUGUGUACUAAAUGGCUCUUUCCACAUUCUGGGUUGCCUACCCCUGCCUUAGUGGAAAAGCGGCAAACGAGUGAAAGCGACAGAGACGUCGCCAUGGAGACGAGGGUUUUCUUACGUGCCUGGCUGCAGUCCCACGGCGACACCUGUCCGUCAGUAAUAACAGUCCCCGAUAACCUGGACCAAUUCAAAACGUUAUUUGUUUUUUUAUUGUUUAAUUUGCAUUGCCUCAGACGAUGAAAACAACAUAUAUUUCUAUAUGACGCCGGAUAACACUACGGGAGCCAUUGGUUUUUUGCGCUCGCUAUCCAGGUACUUUCCCGGCUAUUAUCCGCUGACCGCCUUGUUGCUGUAGGGAGGAAAAGCGGAACAACACACAUUGCAGAAGUAACAUUAUUCUCCGUGCGUGGGGUAAAUACAAAUAUAUUCCACAACCCCAAACAUGUCUUUUUCAAAGCCUGCAGUGAAGAGAAGGGUUAGUGAUGAGCAAAGACAAUUCCAAAAAAAGUGGGAGAUGCAAUAUUUAAUUGUUGAGUACAUCGGCACCCCGACGUGUCUUAUUUGCAGAGAAAGUUGUGUUGCAUAAGGAAUACGUCAUUAUACAACUAAACAUGCUGAGGAGUAUCCCACAUUUUUUAAAAGAAAUCUUUUCUUACGGCCAAGCCUCACCCAGACUCUGCAUCCAGUGGCCCCCAGGUAAAGUGAAUUUGAGACCCCUGCUUUAAAGGCACUGCCUCUCUCACCUGAAACCUUCACCACUUAACAGCCGCGUGCUGUCCAGGCGCCCGCUUUUCCCCCAUAUAAACAGUCACAUAAUAAUGUAGCGUUGCACGGGUUUAACAAUGGUCUUUACUCAAAGAUGUCAAGAAAUGCUGACACAAUGUAUGAUAUUUUAACUGGUUUAAUGAUAACGUUAAUUUCAAGCACACACACACACAAGUCAAUGCAAGGCAUACUUGGUCAACAGUAGGGGUGUAACGGUAGACAACAGUUUUGGUUCGGUACGUACCUCGGUUUACAGGUCACGGUUUGGUUCAUUUUCGGUACAGUAAGAAAACAACAAAAUAUAAAUUUUUGGGUUAUUUAUUUACCAAAUUUGGAAACAAUGGCUUUAUCCUUUUAACAUUGGGAACACUAUAAUAGUUAUGCCCACGUUAAUCCACAUUAAACUGCCUCAAGUUGUUGCUUUGAUUAAAUAAAACAACAAAACCUUUCUUCUACAUAUAAAAAGUGCAACAUUAAACAGCUUCAAGUCAACUCAUCAUGCUUAAUUUAUUACAGCAUUUGAGAAGCAUGUAGUUGGCUUUUAUUAUGUAAAUGUUAUAUUUGUAUCAACAUGUGAUAGCAGGGACCCUGCCAUUCAAACUAGGCUGCUACAAUACUAAUGAUUAAUGUAACUAUAGCUGAGAAAAUAGUACAACAUCAAUAGGAGAGACUAUUCAUACCUAAACACCAUGGAGUUCAAUGAAAUAACAGACAGACAGGGCUUUGCUGCCCCUAACGCACACACACACACAGCAAAAUGAGCUAACGUUACGCUAAAAGCUAACUAGCCUUCACCUCAAGCCAGAACUGCGAGCGAGCUGAGCUGCAGUUUAAGUUUCUAGAAAGUCAACGGGCUCAUAGUGAUGUUUAGAAAGUAGUUGACUUGGAAGUGUUAUUAUUAUUUGGGGAGAAUCCGCUGCUCCCCUGCUAAACUCAUAUCCGCUCGACGCUGAAGCAUUGACAACAUGCGUAUUGAAUACGCACUGCUGAUUGGCUUUGUAUGUAACCAAUCAGAUGGUUGUGUGGGCGGGACAAUGCUUGCUGCUGAGACAGAGGCAGAAAGCAGAGCAGCUUGUGAAGACUUACAAACCCGUUCGGUACGCCCGCGUGCCGAACCGAAACCCCCGUACUGAAACGAUUCAAUACAAAUACACAUACCGUUACACCCCUAGUCAACAGCCAUAUAAACAACUUUAACACUCUUACAAAUAUGCGCCACACUGUGAACCCACACCAAACGAGAAUGACAAACACAUUUCAGGAGAACAUCCGUCCUGUAACACAACAUAAACGCAACAGAAUAAAUACCCCUUGCAGCACUAACUCUUCGAUAACAUAUAUGGCUUUCGGAGCUCAGUGCACAACUGCACACACAACAAGGAGGAGACGAAGCAGAAGAACGAAGAAGAAAUACGGCGACGACGAGUAAGAAGAAGUAUGCUUGCAAGUUCCAAAAUGAUUGGAAAAAAUAAUUUAAUUUCAUCCACGACAGCUCGAAGGGGAAGGGGUAUGCUGUCUGAACCUCAACCACGCCCCCCCACCCCUUCAACCACACCCCCAACACCCCCCCUCCCCCAUCUUCCGAAUUCGGAGGUCUCAAGGUUGGCAAGUAUGUGGACACAUCUUCUUUUUAAGAGGUUGAAGGGCAACUGCACUUUUAAGCAGUUGAGCAAAAUAUCUUAAUUUGGGUAUUUAUUUUUCAAGUACUUUUUUGUGUGCAUGAAGAGUGGAAAUGUUUAUUAUAACGCGUGUCAUUUAAAAGUGUGCUAGUAGAAAACACAGUGUUGCCACUGUGCUAGUUAUGUUUGGGGGUUUUGACGUACUUGAUGGGGAGGCUUGGUGUUUGGGUUCAUAACGGCUAUUUGUUAAUUACCAGUCAUUUGUCAAUAAACACCAUGUUAGCCUUUGUAGGACUUAUAGAUACAUAGCUGCUCCUUACAAUUGAACCCAUAAGAACCCCUAUGCGUGCCCUCAAAUGGUUCCCGUACAGCUUUGUUCUUGACUUGGAACUCCUGAAGAACCGAAGAGACCCGUAGGAACCACUUUGGAGUGGUUGUCAUGUGACUUACCCAGGAUGUGGCUUACCCAAAAUGGCAGUGUUGUCAGGUUAUUUCCAAAUGGUUAUUUU